GGAGAAUGUUAGCGGGACAUAGACUAGAUUAAAGCAUGCUCAAUUCACGAUUGCUUUGGUGCACACUGAUUGGCUAAUUCUUAACCAAUCAGCACUAGUCGAUAGUUGGAGAACACUCUAGAAUCUUCUCAUGUAGAAAACUAUAAAUAUACUGACGUUUUUCUCUAUUGUGCUUCUGACUUGCUAUUUGGAAUAUAAUCUCUUUCCUGUUCAACCGUGUUUUGAUUUGGGGACUUGUCGAGUGAAUCGGUGUCCGAGAAUACUAAGCAAUAGGAAUAGCUGGGUCAUUACCGUAAGAAAACAGGAUUAUAACAGUGGCGACGGGGAAAAAGGAAAACAAAUUCAAGAUGCCUAUAUCAGAUGACCAGCUUAACCGAAUACUACAACAACAGCAAGCACAACUUGAUGCACAAAUGCGGUUGUUGGAGACUCUGACUCAACAGCUCAACAUCCACAGCUCGAGUUCACACGCUAUUUCAAGUUCGUCUUGUGAUGCAGUUGCUAGCAGCAUCCCAGAAUUCAUCUAUGAUCCCGAAAAUGGAAAUACUUUUCUCACGUGGUUCAGACGUUGGGAAGAUACAUUUAGAACAGAAUUCUGUAAUCAAGACGAUGCGUGGAAGAUCCGAUUGUUGGUACGUAAGUUGGGAAGCAACGAACAUGCACGUUUUGCUGACCAUAUAUUGCCAAAGUUACCUCGAGAGCUCAGUUUCGAGGAGACGGUAUUUCAGCUGUCAGAGAUAUUCGGCGAGUCAUCCUCGUUGUUUAGUAUUCGAUAUCGGUGUCUAAAUUUGGUGAAACGCGAAGCUGAUGAAUAUGGUGUUCUAGCAGACAUUGUCAACAGAGAAUGUGAACGUUUCAAGUUACGCUCGUUGACUGAUGACCAAUUUAAAUGCUUAAUAUUCAUCAAAGCUCUUCAGUCACCACAAGAUGCUGAGAUCAGGACUAGACUUUUGGCUCGACUGGAUCAAGACCCAAACGUCACACUCAGAACAUUGACAGAUGAGUGUAAGCGUCUACAAAGCAUCAGACACGACAACGAGUUGAUUGAACAGGUAAAUCCUAAUUUAACCUGCGGUAGUGUAAAUACUAUUACUAGGCUAAAAGUUCAGAAGCCGGUAACAACUCGUAACAAACCAAGGACUGCAUGCUGGUUAUGCAGUGAUUGGCAUUAUCCACGAUUCUGUCCAUUCAAGAAGCAUAAAUGUCAGGAGUGCAACAAACGUGGACAUAAAGAAGGUCAUUGUCCACCGAAGCGUACGUCUCAGCCUAAGAAGAAGCAUAAACGCCCUCGACAUGUGAAAUCAGCCGAGUCUAAAUCUCUUUCUCUGGUAGCUGCUUUUCAAAGAAACUAUGACAUUCGGAGAAAGUAUGUUACCAUCCAGAUAAACGGCAUAUCAGCUCGUCUUCAAAUUGACACGGCAUCAGAUAUCACGUUAGUGUCUAGAGAAACGUAUAACUUGCUGGGUAAACCGCCAAUGAAGCCAUCUAAGAAAACGGCUAAAAACGCAUCAGGUGGUGUGCUAAAACUGGUUGGUGAAUUACAGUGUGAAUUUUCCUUCAAUGGAACUAACUGUACAGGAAUAUGUUACCUAACAGAACGGCCGAACCUUGAUCUUCUUGGUCUAGAUAUGUUAGACAAACUUGGAAUAAUGGAUGUACCAAUUAACAGUGUCUGUAACGUAUCGUGUUCAUCAUUGGACACCCCAUUACUUCCAAAGAAGACAGGUGAUAGGUUACUAGGAAAACCGAAAAGAAAAAUACGAACACAUUUCGAUGUCAUCCAUCCUACGCCAGCUAUUGAACCCCAACGAAACCUAUCGAUGGAGAAUCAGUUCAACCGACAUCAUGGGGCACAAAGACGAUUGUUCACGGUGGGACAAAAAGUGCUUGCUAUGGACUAUCGUGGGAAACAUCCUACAUGGACAGCUGGUCGGAUCUUGAGAAAGAAGGGGAGUGUGGUUUACGAGGUGUCAGUUGGCUCGGAAGUUUGGGUACGUCAUGCUAACCAAUUGAAAGCAACUUCGAUAGCCAGUAACAAGAUUCAAUAUCGAUUACCUCUUGAUGUUCUGCUAGACACCUUUGAAAUCAAAACGCCGGGAAUAGACACGUCAGUUUCUGUGCAAGAAAAGAGUGAUACUUCUCUAUUGCCUAGACGAUGGACUAAUCGAAAGCAAAGGCCAGUCACUCGGUUGCAGUUGGACCCUAGCACCAGAUCCUACGAAUCUGCUCAAAGGGGAGGUGUUAGCGGGACAUAGACUAGAUUAAAGCAUGCUCAAUUCACGAUUGCUUUGGUGCACACUGAUUGGCUAAUUCUUAACCAAUCAGCACUAGUCGAUAGUUGGAGAACACUCUAGAAUCUUCUCAUGUAGAAAACUAUAAAUAUACUGACGUUUUUCUCUAUUGUGCUUCUGACUUGCUAUUUGGAAUAUAAUCUCUUUCCUGUUC